GCUUUGCGAUGCCAGAACAGUAGGUGGCGGUAUGCACCUAAACUUUCUGACGGCAAAAUUUACAGAAGAAGAAGAACUCUCAGGAAGUUUGAAAAGAAGCAAGCCGUCCGCAUUCAUUCAAUCUCACCUCCGACCCACUCAAACUAACCCUAACCCUGCAUUCCAUUGUUUCCAUCAUGGGAAAUCUAAGUGACGCUCUCAAAUUAACAGGAACAUUGCGCAGAAGAUAUGUCCUGGGCAAUGGACUGAGAAAACGGGCAGAGAUUUAGAGGUAUUUGUGCAUGCUCUAUAUUACAGUUGAAAAGUGUAUAACAGCUUUCCAAUGCUGUUACUUGUGGCGAACACCUUUUUGCUUGAGUUGAUGUGUGCCCGCAGGUGGAAUAAUGUCACAUGUCACACCGUCCAUAUUUUCUGUUGUUUUGAUUUAUUUACUCAUUCAUCAUUUUAUGUAAGACAAAGACACAAGACCACUUCACACGGCCAAAAAACUGUUCGGCUUCCCAGGUGUGCGCACCUGUCCAAAUCAACCCACCCAUUAAAUAGACAGGCACAAUAGCACCAUCUGCUGGCACAAAAAAUACAUAACAAUAAACUGCAAAACCCCAAUCUGGCUCCUGCAAAGUGUAUGUGACAAGAUGAUUAACGUUUGCUUUUGUUAAAUCAGGGCUUCCCCAGCCAGGACUUCGGCUCAGACUGUGGCAUAUUCAUGUUGGUGGUAGGUCAUAACGAGCUGUAAUGCACAAAUAUUGUAUCUAGAAUAACUUUCCAACAUGGACUUUUUUAAAGUUAUCUCACAUGUUGUCUCAUAAUUUUUUUUUUAAAGUCUGCCAUGUACAUCGUUAUGGAGUCACAGUUUGACUACUCAGUUGUAAGUACUUUUCAACACGCAGUGUCAUCCUCAAGGUUGUAUUUUGUAUUGUGCACUAAAAUGAAAUACAAACAACAAUUUCAGCAUGACAUGCCUGUUUUGCGGCGAUGGUUGUGCCUGUUGCUCCUGGAGAACAAUUCUUUGAACAGGUAGACAGUUUAAGUAAACUAGAUGCCCUAAUUAACUGGAAGACAAUCAAUAUAUUGUACUUAAAGAUAUAUUGUCAUUACAGUUGUGGGAAAAUCUUCGCCCACUGGACCAAAGAAUGUCAAGAGCUCAUUGCUGGAAAGCAUACUCCGGUCUUUAGUCUAAAGAGGAAGGCAGAGCAGCAGGACAUAGAGGUUAAAAAAUUGCCUUCUUAAAACAGUAUUAUCUCAGUGGGAGUCCUUCAAAAUGCACACAGUUGUAUGGAUCAACAUUGUCUCGAUGUAUUUGGUAAUUGAUGUUACUUUUCAAAUUAACUUGUCAAGGAAACCAUGACGCAGACGGCAUCGGAUGUCCAAAGAAUGUGCAUGGCAGAUUCAAUGCAAUUCUGUGUCUACCAGACAUCGAACAACACAGGAGAGAGGUGUGUUGCAGACUCAAUUUAAUAAAUGCAAUUAUCGGGGCUUAUUCAGUGAUUUUCCAUGAAGUGACCACUUUUACAUAUAGUUUAAAUGCACAAAUCAUGCAGGAAAAUUAUUUAUACAUUCAAAUGUGCUGUAGAGGUAUAAUCAAUUGGACAGCGUGUUUGUUUAAUAUUAUGUUUGUCUCUCAUUUGAUCAGAUUGCUUUACCCUGAGGUAAAAUUGAUAAAAUGGGUCCAGUGCAAGACGUGCAGGGGCUGGCUGCAUCAGGAUUGUGCCGGGAUUGACAUGGAGCCGUUUGACUGCGGCUGCGAGGACUCCAUUGAGCAUCCUCGGUAUAACAUAAUUUAUCAAGGAAACAUAGUAUCAGUCAAAAAUACGAGGCUCAAAGGAUGAAAAAAUGAGGGCUUGCUCUUUUUCUUAUUUCUCUGCAGGAUCAAGGAUGCUGUUGACAGUUGAGGAAUUCAUGCUGUCUUUUCUAAGACACAGAUCAAGGUUGCUUUUGAAUGCACUAUCAGUUGUUAAAGCCACCGUUUCUUUUUCAGAUGAUUACAUUUUUGUCUCUUGCUCUUUGGUUUCAGACAUUACACGAUGAUCUACUCUCUGAAAAGAUCCGCUCCAACAGGAUGUUUCUUUGGAGGAAUCCCGCCACCUCACUCCGGCUAAAGUAGCAACUAAAGAUAAGGUCAUUAAGUUGGAGUGAGCAGCGCGUAAGUAAAAAUGCCAUCCAUCAUGAGUAUUUUUACUCUCAGAGGUGUUACAUUUGAAAGCUGUUUACUUUCUGUGUUUUUCUUCAAUAGAUGUUCGAGCUCCUGCGGUUUAUUGAGGAGGCAACAACCAUAUCGGAAAAAAUCAAAAGAGGCGAGAUUCACCUGCUUGAUUUUGUCUUUGAUGUCAUGCUCCCAGAGGUGAGUAGAUCAAACUAUAUAGCUUGCUUUGAAAAUUGAUGAUAUUGUUAAGAGGUUGUUCUUAUUCAUUUGGAAAGCUCAAGAACAACAAUUAACCCAUACUGCAUAACUUCAAUUGUUCACAUUAUUUGACUGUUUUUCAGCUUUUGAUCAAAGCACUUCAGGAGCAUGGCAUCACCCGGUUAAGAGCAGAGCAGAUGAUGGCCUGUGGCAACAUAUUUUAAGCCCCCCACCACACCGACGGCAACGCUCUAAAUUAUGUAUGUAUUAUAUAUUUUU